CUCUCGCGUCUGAGUGUGUGGCGUUGAAACGGCAGCCAGUCACAAUGUCGGCGCGUCGUACUAGUCGGCGCCGGGUGCAGGAGACCCUGGGACCAGAGUUGAUUGGCUUGUCGGCUGGUCAUCGUGCACCCCGCGAUGCCAAGCGCAAGAGUGAUGGCUCGUACGACAUGGAUGACUUUUUCAGCGACCGCUCAGAACCCGUGGACGACUUGGAGGAUAGCCAAGACCUCCCCUCCCCCGUGUCCACUGCUCCCCCCUCGACCCGAGCCACGCUGGGAAAGAAGGGUCCAAUCUCUCGAGUCACCUCGACGCCGGCCGUCUCCUCUCCCCUUUCUCGCCAAGGCAAUAAGACACCUCAGUCUUUGCACAAGCCCAGCCCUGCCAUGUCCAGUAUCAAGCGCAGCUCGAAGCGUACCAGCCUAGCCCCUGGCACCCCCAUGACACCCGAAGUGCCCCCGCCAGAUUUUGAUGACGCACCGACUCCGGGGGCUCAGACGCCAGUGCAAGCAAUCGACUUUGAUGGCGGCGACGCCACCCCAACCAAUGCGAGCCAUCAAAGUGCCGCAGCUGAAGCUUCCCCGGCCCCCGCCGAGAGCUCGCAAACAGAUAACGCGGAGGAAGAAGGCGCAACCGCGCCAUCUGCAGCCAAAGCUUCUGCCAAACGGGCGCCACGGGCACGGGGCAUGGACAUCAACGUCAUGAACAUCCUUGAGCCACACGCUGAGGGUCGACCCCAGCGCAAACGCAUUCCACCCACCCGCUUUUGGAAGGGUGAAAAACCCAUCUACGUGCCUCGUACGCUCGACCAACUUGGGCCACCUCCCCUUCCGUGCCGUUUUAUGGCCAGCAUGACACUGUGCUGGCUGACGCGCCCGAACCCGCUCACUAACAUUGCCAUCGCGACAUCGUUUUUGCUAUCUACCGACGCAGAUGAGGUGGAUGGCCAUCGUACUGGAACCAUGACUAUUGCAGAUGUUCUGACCAAGCCGACGCCCGCCGUCGAACACAAACGAAUGCGCAGGACAAAGCGAAAACUGACCAAGGCCGAGAAAAUGGCUGCUGGGUCCCGCACCCCCGUCGUUACGCCCAAGCGCCCUCGGGGCGAACUCAAUCCCAUGGAUGUGCGCGUGCUCGAAUCACCUGAGAUCCCGGUGAUCGAUUACACGUCCGACAAGCCAGAUGAGACGGUACCAUUGAAGGUGGCCAUGACCUAUGCCAUGCAACAAUGGGCCUCCACCCCCAAGAACCCAGGUCUCAAGUACAGCAAAAACUUUCAAGACCGUACCUGUGGCUGGUCGAGCGGCAUGCUCGAACUUGACUUUGGUGCCUCCAAGGGAGAAGUGAGCAGCACCAACAACUUUAUGCUAUUCUCCGUCCUUUCCGGCGUGGUCCAAGCCACCGUCAACGAGAGCAAAAUCACCUUGGGCCCAGGAGGCACUUUUUUCGUUCCGCCCAACAACAAAUACGGCCUCAUCAACCAAAGCGAUGAUUGCAAGGUCAUCCUCUCUUUUGCCAGUGUCCAGCUGAAGCGCUAAAACGCGUUAGCUCGUGUGCCAUGACCCCUGGCCUGCAUGUCCAAUGUUGUGUCUGUCUUGACCCGCCCUGUUUUCACCCCUUUUUGGCGGCCAUGUCGAGGUUUUUGCUCUCCCACCCCGCAUGUUCCAGUCUCUCGGCUCUCUUCAUCACCACGGCAUCUGCCGUUACUCAGCAACCCAGUUGUCGUGUGCCGCCUUGACUUCCGCUUGAGCAAAAGCAAUGCGUUUUAUACAGAAAGAAUUGAUAACCAUUGAG